GUGCUGGUUGGAUUCGCUGAAGCUGUCACGCUGAAAACGUUUGAAAACUCUUUCUUUUUAAAGUAAUUCUUAAGAUGGGGGAGGUGUCUGCAGAUGCUGUCACUCUGGAGCUGCUGAGAGAAGCCAGGGAGACGGUGAGACGCAGCCCGCUGGGUGUCAUCAAUACUCCCAUGAUCCCUUGGUGCCACACGACUCUGCCUCUGAACAUUCAGUGCAACAUCCUGAUCAAACUGGAGAACAUGCAGAGAACUGGAUCCUUUAAGAUAAGAGGAGUGGCUAAUCAGUUUGCCAAGCAGCCAAAGGGUGGCCAUUUUGUCACUAUGUCUGCUGGGAACUAUGGGAAGGCUUUUGCUUAUGCCUCCAAACACUUUCAAUCAAAAGGCAAGGUAGUGAUGCCAGAGACCGCCCCAGUGUCCCGGUCCAUCCUCAUACAGAGUUUUGGGGUGGAGGUGGAGCGAGUUCCAACUUCCUGUUUGAUGAAUGUCGUGAACCGCUGUGUUCAGGAAGACAACAUGACCUUCUUGCACUCGUAUGAUGACCUGGAUCUGAUAGCAGGACAUGCCAGUCUAGGGAUGGAGCUGCUGGAGGGGAUGCCUGAGCCUGAUGUGGUGGUGGUGUGCUGUGGAGGAGGAGGUCUGCUAGCGGGUGUAGCUGCUGCCAUAAAAUUGUCAGGCUGUGAUAAGACCAGAAUUUAUGGUGUGGAACCAGAAGGAGCAUGCACCAUGUAUAAAAGCUACAUUGAGAAGAGGCCAGUGGGCAUGGACACCAGGAGCAUUGCCUCCGGACUUGCACCACCUUUUGCAGGCACGCUGCCCUUCACGCUGUGUCAGCGUUACGUGGAGGGGAUUGUCCUGGUAAGCGAUGAGGAAAUAAAGAAAGCCGUUUCCAUCCUCUACAGUUCUGGACUUGUCGUUGAGCCUUCAGGCUCUGCUGCUUUUGCUGCCAUCUUUAACAACAAGAUACCAGAGCUCGAGGGGAGGAACGUUGUGUGCAUCAUUAGUGGGGGAAAUAUUGGAAAGGAUGAGCUGGCAGACUUCCUAGAUUGACAAAUGUGAGAGCCUCUGCACGAUUAAUGUUUCUAAAAGAGAUAAAAACAUUAUAGAAUAAUUAAAUCUGUUCUUCUAAACAAAGUUAAAAUUAUAACACGAUACUGUAGGUGAACCAUGGUCAAACAGGUUUAUGUUUGGACCAUCCCAUUACAUUUCAGCGCUGGUAAAGCCUUCAUCCAGGCUGAAGCUGUGACGUUUUAAACCUGUUUGUGUGGUAGAAUGUUAGAAUCCAAACACCACAGAUAAACGAGUUAACAGAUUUAAAAGAUCAAUGUUUAUUCUAAGCACGUCUAUUAGACACCCCUAUCUUCUUAUACUAACUGAAGCUCGGCCUCACUGUUGAGCAUGUGUCAUAACUACGCCCCCUGCUGGCAGGAGACCAGCUCUGCAUCUACACUCUUUGUAGACUGAAACCAGUUCUCCUUUGGGAAAAAUAAACACCUCUACUUCAACUUUAAGUGAGAGAACUAUUUUAAUCCAGAGCAUUUAAAGCAGUGAUACUCAACGUGUGGCUCUGGAGCCACAUGUGGCUCUUUUAUGUCUUAAUUUUAAAUAUUAUUCCCUGAGAAAACCUUCAAAAGGGAAACUUUUUUGUCCCAUUAUA